AUGACGACUAAUUCCGCUUCAAAAUCGACCUUUACGUCGUACGUCGACUUGAAAAAAGAUGCCCCUGAGGCAAUCGAAUCAAGUGGUGAACGACGUGGUACUUUCAAAUCGUAUAUUAAUUGGUCAUAUGGAAGUAAAAAGCGCACUGAUAUUGCGGCAGUGUCCAAAGCUGCAGAAGAUGUCUUUGAGCAGAAGUUGGAACCGAAACUUCUGUCAGGUGAAAUAAUUAUCGCCCAAGCUCAUCACGUACUAAAAUACAACACGUUUGGUGACCUGAAACAUGGCGUGUCAGGAUCUUUAUAUUGCACUAAUUUUAAAAUCAGCUUUGUCACUGCAGAAAGAUCAUCAUAUGAUAUGUUGAAGUUUAUUUCUGGAUUCUGUACGAAUUUACACCAACUUUUCGCACGAUGGAGAAUUCUACAGUUAAUACCAGAUGACGGGGUCGUAAACGUGGAGUGCUUACUGCACCCCAAACAACAGAGCCAGUGUUGCCGGGCCACGAGGAGAAAAUCAAGUCGUCGAGGCCGUGGUAGGGGUCGCCAUCGAUCCCUUUCUUUACCAAAUAACGCCUUGGGCGAUGUCAACGAACUAUCGAGAUCGCGAACGUUUGAUGCCUCAAACCCUAACAAUUGGACGGCGGCUGAAGUCCGACAGAAACUUUUGGAAAUGGGCAUAACGGUACCACAGUCCAUGAAUAAGAAAGAGGCGAUUCAACUAUACAAAUUGAACUGCCAAGGCCGUGUUUCGACCACCAGCAGUGACGGUACAGUUACACGUACCGGUGAUGCAAUCGAGAAUCGCGGAACUUUAGAACUCACUUCACAGACUAUUGAAUCAGCGGAUGUUACAGCCAACAACUCAGGCAAUGUUAACGCUGCAACUAAUAUGGAAAGUCUUAUUCAGGAGGUCAGAGAGUUGCGAGAAACGGUUCACGGAUGGCGUCGUUCACCCGAUGAUGUUGAAAACAACAUGGCCGCUGUUCCAUCGCGGGGGUCACCUCAGGAAUUUGACAACGUCGCGCCACGUACAGUUACAGUACCAAGCCUUCACGACACGGCUCUUGGACAGGAUCGAUCCGCUACCUUACCAGCGAGACGACGGUUUGGCGUAGCUUUGCACGAAUUACCUAGAAUCGUGCCAGUUUCAGAUUCCUUGAAAACCAGUAUACUUCAAGGUAAAUAUGUUAAUUUGGCUACCUUACUGAUACCAGCUCAUGACAGUUCAGAGAGUCGCACUAUUAUUGAUGCAACAGGUAACGAGAUUAAACUGAAGGGAAAUCCUGACCCUCGACUAAACAAAGUUCUCACUCACAAUGAAUUCUUGGUGGCGUUCGGCAAAUAUCAAUCAAUUAUAUGCGAAGCGUUUCCACAUCGUCGUGAAGAACUUGUUUGUUACCAAGCUCUUAUUACCAACAUGGCCGUCAAUUUUGGGGGUAGCUUGUUUUAUGAUUAUCAUGUGGAAUUCGCAAACCAAGCUGCAGCAUGGCAAGCACAGCGUAAUAUUAAAGUGGAUUGGUCGAUUAGAGAUUCUGAAAUUUAUAUGAAUCUUACGUCCGGACGUCGAUGUAAUACUUGUACAGUCUGUGGCAGUACUGGGCACUUGGUUGAUUUUUGUCCCCGUAAACAGUUCACUCCCCAGUUUCUACAACGUGGGGAUUCCAGCAAUGACAGUCGCGGUCGUCCUAAAGUUUUCUGGAAUGGUAGAGAGAUUUGCAACAAUUUCAAUUUGGCUUAUAAGGGUUGCACCAGGAACCCAUGUCCUUUUAUUCAUGUGUGCACUUCAUGCAAAGCCAACCAUCCUGUUAAUACUUGCUCAAAGUCUAUCGCAAAAAGUAAGGGAUCUUCUGCUGCUCCUGGUAAUGUCAAUGCUACCCAUGGUUUACGAGAUGGUUUUCUGACUGGGAUUGAAAAUGCACCUACUGAUUCAUUUGACUGCCGCAAUAACUUAUCUGCUAGACAGAACCCAGAAGUUGUUUCCCGUUUACUUCAGUUAGAGUUAGAUAAGGGGUAUAUUAUAGGACCCUGUGAAUCGUCACCUUUUCCUGUUUACAGAAUCAACCCACUUGGGGUGGUUGAAGGGAAAUAUUUGAAAAAACAGAGACUAAUAGUUGAUUUAUCCGCACCGCAUAACAAUCCACAGGUUCCCAGUUUAAAUGAACUCGUAGACAAGGAGACAUAUUCCAUGUCCUAUAUUAAAAUUGAUGAUGCCUUUCAGGAGAUAAAGCGUCUGAAUGGGUGUGCUUACAUGUGCAAGUUUGACAUUACAGAUGCCUUCAAACAAUUACCACUGCAUCCAUCAGUAUGGCAUCUACAUGGCAUUAAGUGGGAUGGGAAGUUCUACUUUUUUGUAAGACUUGUUUUCGGGUCUAGGUCCAGCCCAAAGAUUUUCAAUAGUCUUUCGCAGGCCAUUUGCUGGAUUGCGGAACAUAGAUUUAAUGUGAGAUUCAUCCUACAUUUACUAGAUGACUUUUUAACCAUAGAUCCGACAGAGGAAGUCGCUAUGAGAUCUAUGGCAAUUAUGACCAUGAUAUUCAACUCACUUCGAGUACCUUUGGCAGCUCAUAAAACCUUUGGACCUGUGCAAGAGUUAGAAUACCUGGGCCUCAUGCUCAAUUCUAAGACUAUGACCGUGUUCUUACCAACAAAUAAAAUGGGCGGGAUUACUGCCAAAAUCUCAGAAUUCUCUACUAAGCGCACUGUUACGAAGCGGGAGCUACUAUCUUUGUCACUGAACUUUGCAGCCCGAGUAAUCAUACCAGGGAGGUCCUUCAUUUCUUACUUGCUCCAGCUGGCGUCGUCAGUUUCCCAAUUACAUCAUCAUGUCACGUUCACUACGGCUUGUCGGUCAGAAUUAUCUAUGUGGAGACAGUUUCUUAUUUCUUGGAAUGGUAUACAUUUGAUUCUGAACAGCCAAGUGGUUAGUUCUUCAGACCUGCAUAUUUUCACUGACGCAUCAUCUACUAAAGGAUUUGGGGGCUAUUUCCAGGGGAGUUGGUUUAGUGAAGUAUGGCCACCACAGUUGCUCUCCGUGCGACAUGAUAAGCUAUCUAUGGCGUUAUUGGAACUUUAUCCUAUUGUAAUUGCGGCAAUGCUGUGGGGAAGGCAUUGGUCUCAACAGAGAAUUCGCUUUAACUGUGACAACCAGACAACAGUUCAUGUGUUGAGGAAAGGAAGAGCUUCAUCACAUUGCCACUCUAUUAAUGCUCUCUUGCGCCGCUUAACCUUAACAGCCAUGAAACAUAAUUUCAUUGUGUUGGCACAGUUUGUUCCUGGCAGGCAGAACUCUAUUGCUGACGCUUUAUCACGCUUUCAAUUGCAGAAAUUCCACAGUCUGACACCAGAGGCAGAACUGAACAAGACACUGUGUCCACCGUUUUGCAAAUUUUUGCAUCAAAUUUUACUUGCAUUGGGGUUAGAUACAACUCAGUAUUCUGGCCAUUCUUUCCGAAUUGGUGCCGCUUCCUCAGCAGCUGAAGCAGGGAUCCAGGAUCACAUGAUAAAGGCCCUGGGACGAUGGUCAUCUGACAGCUAUGUCAGAUGGAGUUGGGACAAAGAAACAUCCUGGUCUCUGAGAAUGAUAUUCCACUUACAUGUGUGGACGCAGUACAUCAAGAUCGUGAAUACUAUUCUACAUCACGCGUUCCCCACCAAACUGCCGUUAUUAUUUGCGUUCUCCUUCAAACCCAAACAACAUGUGGAAGAGAAUGGGCACGAUGCUCCUAUUGCUAAAGUCAUUGCUGAACCAACGCUACAUUUUAGAGAUUGCACAGACUGGGAGAGGGAACUUAUAAGAGUCGGGGCUCAGAGAUUUCGCGUUACCAUGUCAAAUCAAGAUUUUAAAAUAUCAGACAGUCUUCCAGAAUAUUUUGUAGUUCCUUCCUGUUUAACUGACAAUGAUGUCACCCAAGCGUCUCAUCAUUUUGUGGAUGGCAGAGUGUUAACUUGGUCUUGGACUCAUAAAAAUGGAAGUUCCUUGUACAGAAUGGUACCGCUCCGAAUGGACACCACUCAAGAUCAUCAUGAACAAAGGAUGCUCGCAGCAGUGAAAGAAAGUCAUCCCAAAAAAUUGCCGUCAGUUUGGAUUGAUGUAGAAAAGUCCUGUCCAACAAUCGCAUAUCUUCAGUCAUCCUACCUAAAACUGAAAGAUCUAUGUGUACCAGAAUCUAUGAAAAGUUUUAUGAACAUUGACGACAAAUGGUACUCGCAAGUUGAUUCAACGAGAUGGCUUCACUAUACAAGGAAGUGUUUGCAAACCGCCAUAAAAACUGCCUCUGCGCUCAGGAAUCAGGGGAAAUCAGUUAUUAUAAAAGAAAGCGAAGGAAGAGACUUUUCUUGUCUGGUGUCCUCUCUAGUCCAGAUCAUCCUAGAUCCGCAUUAUAGAACACAGAGAGGUUUUCAAGGUUUAAUUCAACGUGAAUGGGUUGUGAUGGGACAUCCCUUUCUCGAUAGAUACCAGCAUGUCACACUGACAGAGGGUGAAGAGUCACCGGUGUUUCUGUUAUUCUUGGCUUGCGUGUGGCAGUUAAUGAAUCAGUUUCCAUCAUCAUUCAGUUUCACCGACACGUACUUGAUUACGUUGUGGGACUGCUCACUCCAUGGACUCUUUGAAACGUUCAUUUUUAAUAGUGAGAGACAGCGGUAUCGUGCAUUCAUGACUGAUCACAAGACGCAUGCGCAGCUGGUGUCUGUAUGGGACUGGUCUUUGCAGUUUAAAGAAGAGGACAUUGCACUGUUUAAUAACCCGCUGUAUUGCGUCCAUCAUGGCCAACACUUAAAUUGUCCUGGUUGUAAUACGAACGAUGUUAGGACUUUUGACCUGAAACUGGAUCAUGUGAAUGAAAAUGCAAAUGAGGGUAUCCCUGCGGAGAAGAAGUCGCCAUAUCGCAAACUAAGUCAAUGUAAUAAAAUGACUGAGGAGAAUUCGUCGUCCCAGAGGAAAAUCAGUGUGAGUGGAGUUUCUAGGAAGAAUGAUGUCCUUAUACCUGAAGUAUCUGCACCAAAUAUUAUAUUCUGGACUCAGUGUUAUCUACGUUGGGUGCCAAGUGUUCAUAUCGUGGGUGGUGGGCCGCCGUCAGAGUAUCUACAACAGUGCAUGGUUGCGGAUGAAAUUCAUCAGCUACGCAUGAAAAUUCACAGUCUGCAAACUUCCACACCGCUAACGAAAACAUCAGGUCGAGAUAGUGGUCUGUAUUUCUCAUUUGAUACACCGGCGAAAAUGGUUGAGAAUUUCACCUCAGCGUUUCCGUUUUCUCCGCGCACUUCCAGAUUGUCUUCAAUGCUUGGAGAUGGUACCUCGUGGUUCAGUUCAUCCGGUCUCUUUUUCCGCUCAUCCUCAGUGUCUAGUUAUGAUGGUAUACUCAAAGCGAGCGGUUCUAUGUCCAGCACUAAUACUAAUGAUGACAUUGAUGAAGCUGGGGAAAUGUAA